CGCUCGUGCAGGGAGCAGAUAAUCUUCCGUGUCCGUGACGCCGCGAUGACGCCCAAGGUCUACGAGGGUGUCACCUACAGCGAGCUCAUGCGGUAUGGCCCCGCCGGCGUCGACCAAGGCGACACGACCCUUUCGCCCGCGCCGUGCUUUAUUACUGUGCGGCUCCCGGUACGUCUUCUCUUCGUCAUGUGUUUUGCAGGCUCAGGCCCUCAUCGGAUGGGCCAGAAGAGGUCGGCAUUACUCUUGGAUGCGAGUGUGUCGAAAAAUCGGAACUUUACGAUUUGGCGGUGACGGUCUUGCACUGUUAUACCCAGUUGCUCACGCGCCUGGAAGAAGCCCGACGGCUUUCGCAACCUCUUGGAAGCGUACUUCCUCACUUGCGUCUUUUCUCCCUUUAUACCUACCAUGACGGAAAGGAGUGGUAUCCAGAAAUCGGCUACGUCAAUGUGAGGAACUAACGACUUGGACUGGAUGGACCUUAGACAUGAAGAGAUGGCAUUUUAUCAUCUGGACUGGCUCGGAUUGACGCAUAAAUCACUUGGCAAAUCACUCGAAGAACCCUGUAAUUAUGAAGAAAG